AUGCCCCCCAUAUCAUUAAAGAGCCACAUCCCAUCUGUCGACGAGACCAAACCUUUCCCUCCUUUCGAAAGUCGUGCCAGUAGUAGAAGAGCCCGAAUUCCUCGUUUCGCUAUCCACUGCGUAUCCCAGAUCGAUGGUAAUGUCCAUAAUUCCUUUUGGACACAUCUCUUUGAGCCAUACGUAGAGCUCGGUGUUCCGUUUCGUAAGGGCGUCUGCGAUGUUGUUCUUUCCGGGUAUCCAACUUAUAACGUCGAGAUCUCGAGAUUCGAAGCUAUUCCUCAUCCGCUGCACCGUUUGUCUCAAGCGAUAUUCCGUACUCUCGUGGAGGGUAGUUAUGGUGUCUUAAAGAGCUCGUCUGUUUGCGUUAAGCUCUUGUUUGAUUUUCCUGUUGGGGAAGAUCAAUCGGGUGAAAGAUCUCCUGUUCACCACCCUUUGGGAUAAUGCGUAUCCCUGAGACGAGUCCCGCUUUUCCAUAAUCUCUCUCCCUGGGGUGAGAUGCGUCCGUGAAUGUGCUGAACAUAACUCUCUUCGUGCUCCGAGUCCUGCAGUACGUCAACCAUGGCUUCAGCGGAAUGAGUUCCUUUAGCAUGUCGUUAGCAUCGACGAGGCUCCGCACAGACAAUCUCGGUAGCCUCUGCUGCAUGAUUGAGGUCACGAGCGAUGCUUGCGGUAGUACACCAUUUCCUAGAUACAACAAAGUGCCAGCGAGGCUGCCAUACUGCUUCUUCUCAGAUUCGGUGGCCAGCUCGUCUCUUUGCUUGCUCCUCUGCCGUGAUAUCGUGAUGGGUUUCAGGCGGUCGAGGUACCGCAUCAUGGACAUCCUAAUGUUGCCCUGCUGGUCCUGUUCGAUCUCACAUCCGUUGAAGUGGAACUUGUUGUCGACUACCACUUUUCCGACUUGGAACCGUUUCUCUAGCCGUCGGACGAACUCGUGAAUGUAAUCUGUGGGUCCGCCUAUGAUGAACUCAUCGGUCACUUUCGCUACGAUCAAGACUAUCUUGUCCUGUGUAUCCCUGCGGAUGAACAGUUGACUUAUGCUGAACACUCGUUGUAGGUCUCCAUCCAAUAACAUCCAAUCCUCCACAGUCUUUUG